GGGACAUUCCUUUAAAAGGAUACAAGUAGGGUUUUUGCAUCUCUCUAAGCAGCAGAAGGUAGGCGCAGCCCAGCAGAGUCACCAACAUCUUGAGUUAUACAGUUGCAAAAUGGCUAGAGGGUUGAAGAAGCACUUGAAGAGGCUUAAUGCUCCAAAACAUUGGAUGCUUGAUAAACUUGGUGGUGCUUUUGCCCCCAAGCCCUCAUCCGGACCCCACAAGUCUAGGGAAUGCUUGCCUCUGAUUCUCAUUCUGCGAAACAGGCUCAAGUAUGCUUUGACAUACCGUGAAGUGAUUGCUAUUUUGAUGCAGAGACAUGUUCUUGUUGAUGGGAAGGUUAGGACAGAUAAGACUUACCCAUCUGGUUUCAUGGAUGUUGUGUCAAUCCCAAAGACAAACGAGAGCUUCCGUCUCCUCUAUGACACCAAAGGCCGCUUCAGGCUCCACUCCCUCAGAGAUGACGAGGCUAAGUUCAAGCUUUGCAAAGUUCGGUCAAUUCAGUUUGGGCAGAAAGGAAUCCCUUAUCUGAACACCUAUGAUGGGCGCACCAUUCGCUACCCAGAUCCCCUCAUUAAGGCCAAUGACACCAUCAAGCUGGAUCUAGAGAGUAACAAGAUAGUUGACUUCAUCAAGUUUGAUGUGGGAAAUGUUGUCAUGGUCACUGGAGGAAGGAAUAGAGGCCGAGUUGGAGUAAUUAAGAACAGGGAGAAGCAUAAGGGAAGCUUUGAGACAAUCCAUGUUCAAGAUGCCACUGGCCAUGAGUUUGCCACUCGCCUGGGCAACGUGUUCACCAUUGGAAAGGGCUCCAAGCCAUGGAUAUCUCUUCCCAAGGGCAAGGGUAUUAAAUUGUCUAUCAUCGAGGAGGCUAAGAAGAGGCUUGCAGCAUCUCAGGCUGCUGCAUGAAGUUCAUGAAUUUUCGUUGGCAUUUUAUGGCCAGUUAUGUUUUGCUAAUGAUAGAAUGAAUGUUGUGUUUGCAUAAUUUAGUGCACUUUUUUGAACAACGUUUGCUUUUACAUUUCAAUUUUUACUGCUGGGAUACAUUUUAAAAAGCAUGCAUGAGAUUUUCUGUAGCAUCAAGAACACAUCCUGUGGAAUCUGUUUUUGCCUGUUUGUGUCAACUAAAAUUUAGGUUAAUUUUAUUAUUCUCCGUGAACAA